AUGAUGAAAAUCAUCAUUCUUUUUCUAUUCAUAUUCAUUAAUGACAGUCAAUUACAAGAAAUAAUUACUCUUUUCAAUUGUACUUUUGAUUCUGGUUUCGUUGAUGAUUGUAUCUUUCAAAGUGUACUAUCACCAACUAAUAAUCUAAAUCUAAGUAUUGAUCAAACUUUACCUGCUAAUAGUAUCAAUCUACCUGAUAGACCUUUGUCUGAUGCUACAUCUGUGUUUUCACCUACUAUGGAAGGAGAAAUGUGUCAAUUUCCAUAUGAUUUGAAUGGAUGGGAUAUGUACUUUUGCCUCUAUCAAGAAACUACAAAAAACUACACAUGUCCAACAAAUUUAGGAAAUCAAACAUGUAUCAAAGGUCAAUAUGGCUAUAAGACUACUUCUGAUCCAAAGGGUUUUACUGAGAUUUAUAAAUCAGUUACAGCAAUGGUUAUAAACUCAACUGAUGAAUACCAAUGUCUUAGUUUUUAUUAUUAUUUUACGGAUAGUUUUCGAGAACCAUCUAUUAUUUUUCGAAUGAGUGCAACAUCAAAUACAUCAAAUAGUCAAAAUAUUGUAACUGUCAAACCAAAUGAUGCGAACAGAUGGUACUACAGUCAAACGACAUUUAUGGUAGCACCAGAUGAGUACUAUGUAAGAUAA